AUGGCUUUCGACAUUUUACAACAGUCGCACAACAUCAACGCCUUGGGGGUUAACAACCAGCCAGCCGUCUUCCCUGAAGACAAGUUCGAACAGCUGAUAGCCGCACUCCAGAAGCCACAAAGCAACUCUGAACAGACUGACAACCGGUCAGACAUAGCUGCACGUUUCGACGUAAAAGAUAACCUCGCAAAUGAAUUUUUCCCGAUUGACACUGGUGUGGACAUUUCGAUUAUUCCGAAACCAGCCAACUGGAAAGGCAAGUCAGCCGAUUUUAAACUCUAUGCAGUUAACGGCUCAACAAUUGACGUUUACGGCGUCACACGUCGCGAACUAAAUGUCGGCCUGCCUUACAAACUCUCUUGGAAUUACGCCAUUGCAGAUGUUCCACAUUCCAUCAUAGGAGCUGAUCUUCUAUCGCAUUACCAUCUUCUACCAGAUCUCAAACUCAAGAGAUUGGUAGGCGGUAAUCAAUUUACGUAUGCACCUGCUGUCGUCAAGACAGUGCACCCUGUAGAAAUUUCUUUCUUGGCACCGAGCCACAAAUACGCACAUAUCGUGAAUAAAUAUCCCCAAGUCUUUGGCCCUGACCAGUUGAGAACGGUCAAGAAAAGAGGAAUAUUUCAUCAUAUUGUCACCAAAGGCCCUCCAGUCUCGCAGAGAGCCUGUCCUCUGGCGCCAACCAAACUCAAGGCAGCAAAACAAGAAUUUCGAAAAUGGUGCGAGCUGGGCAUCUGUCGCCCUUCAGACAGUUCAUGGGCCAGCCCACUUCAUAUGGUGCCCAAGAAGGAUAAGAAUUGGCGUCCUUGCGGUGAUUAUCGCAAGCUAAGUCUAAUUACAGUACCAGAUCGCUAUCCGAUCCCACACAUGCACAACUGCAUGAUCUUCUGCCACGGCAAAAAGAUUUUUACUGCUCUAGACUUACGCCAAGCCUACCACCAAAUACCGGUAGCACCUGAGGACGUGCCCAAGACGGCAAUCAUCACUCCCUCCGGACUCUACGAGUUUCAGUGA